AUGCGGAAAGGCCAGCAAUGUGUGCAGUCAGGUCGACGGCCUCGCGCAAAGAUGGCAAAAUUGACCAGGAGGUGCAGAAGAUGGCGCAAGUUGGGUGGCAGCCAUGGGCAACCUAUGCUGCCGAAGACAACGAGGAGCCAGGGAAUCCAGAAAGUAUCGUGCUGCCACUCCGCCCACCGCACAGCCUCUCAGCUGCAGAAGCAAACGGGACAAUACCCACCUCCCAGAGUGCUGUUGUCGGCAUUUGCCUCAUUAAGAAGACUUUAG